AGCAGUUGACAGUCUAGUCUACAUUUUUACGGUGUUGUAACUUGUACAAUCAUCCGAUCUUAAAACUUUGGACUCGUUAUUUUUUGCAAAUUGUGAAAUUUAUUCACGCGAAGUGGUUUAGAUCUAGAGUUAGUGCAAUGGCUGCCGACAAAAAAGUGUUUAGAUUAUCAGAAGUAAAGUCUCACAAUGACGCUAAAUCGACAUAUUUGAUAAUUCACAACAAAGUUUAUGAUGUAACCAAAUUCCUUGAAGAGCAUCCAGGUGGAGAGGAAGUAUUAUUGGAGCAAGCAGGUGGAGAUGCAACAGAAGCUUUUGAAGAUGUUGGUCACUCAACAGAUGCCAGAACACUAAUGAAUGAUUAUCUAGUUGGUGACUUACAUCCUGAUGACAGAUCUAAGAAAACAUAUGCUACAAAUACCGGUCCAACAGCUACAGAUUCACCAUCAUCAGGAUCAUCUUGGACUGGAUGGCUCUUACCUGUUGGAGUUGCUUUAGCAGCUGCAUUUGCUUAUCGUUACAUUGUUUCUUCGUCAGCUUGAGACUGACUUGACAAUAGCCUUGUUACCAUGUCACCAUGAUGUACACACAUUUUAAUGUCCACUUUUCCACAGAAUAUAAUAAUUAUCAUUUUAUUAAUUGAUUUUUUUAUUCCUUCUUUUUAAAUCUUUUAUUGUCAAAAUGGAUUGUUAGGUCUGGUAAAUUGUAUUCAGAAUUUUAGUUUGUUGUUAUUGUUAUUAUUUUUUUUUCUUUUUUUUUUAAUCAGUAAAUUUCAUUGUAUUUUUAACAAAUAAUUUAUGAAUUGUUGAACUGUAUACAUAUUUUGUUAUUUGUGAUCCAGGUUUCUAUCUAGAGAAAUAAGUCUUUUAGUUUAUGUUGGCUCAGCUUCAUUAGAGAUUUUUUUUUUUUACAUUUUCAGGAAGCUAAUUUAGUUGUACAAGACAUAAUAGAGACCAAACAAUAUUUAAAAAAAGGAGGGGGGGGGGGAAUUGAAAAUGUAAUGAAGUGAAAUGAAUUGUAUCAACUAAGUUCCAUUGUUGGCUUUGUGACUCUGGCAUGACUUGCAAUAAUUAGUCAUUAAUCUAGCUAUCCAUAAUAUUGUGCCACUAAUUGUUGAUGCAUAUGAGAGGAAGGGUGGCAUAAUUGCUUUGUGAUUGAAUAGCUGCAGUGCAUAUACAAAACUGGGUGGACAGAUGUCUUUCAUGGUUGGAGACAUUGUGCUUAUAAUGCUGACUUGACCAGUCAAAAGUUACUCUCUCCCUAUGUUAGGGUUCGUCAACAUUACCUUUCACUUUCAUAGUACACAGCUUGAGCCGGAUUUCAUUAUUAAAGUUCUGUUGAUAAUAUGUACCUUGGCAUUCUAUUGAUCAUCAAGUAGAUUUGUCACAUAAAAUAUUCAUUUAGGUUGAAUGACUCCAGUUGUAUGAAUGCUUCUUUCAGUUUUGUUAUUCUUAGAAACAUAAAAAAAAAAUGAAACUUAUGAAUGUAAUUUUUAGCCAAGUUAUUUCACAAUGCAAUAACAAAAUUUAAGAAGGCUGGAUGAGUUUUGGCAUCAGUUUUUUCAAGAAAUGUUAACUUUUGAUGUUUUUCAUAACCUAUACAGUAGCUAUAUUGUCCAGUAGUAAAUUAGUAAACUAGAUAUACAAGCCAGUAUAUAAUGGCUAGCCAAAAAUCAUGGGCUAAAUCGCGAAACAAAUACCAUUCAUUCAUACAUUUAAUGCGCUAAUUGUAAUGUACAAAAUAUUAUGAGUUGUAAACCAAAUGUAUCUUAUGGUACAGGAUGCAAAAAGUAUAUGAUAAAGAUUUUAAAAAAAUUAAUAAACACCUGUUUAAAUAUUUCAAUACUGUAUUGUCUUAGAGAAAAGUUGAACUGCCAAUUUUGCAUUUUUGUUUGUAUUCUGUAGUUUUUACUCCCCAAAAGGCUACUUUCACCAACCUAAAUUAUUUCCAUCAUAAAUAAAGCUAUUGUCUCAUAA